CCAAGUUAAAUUGGCACACAAACCCCACACCAUAUUUAGCAUCACUAUAUCCGGGGAAGGUCUCGUUCACUCCCUUGGCCUAUAGUCGGACGGCUAAAGCCACUUUUGGCAUCUGCCGGGCAGCUGUGCCCCGUUCAGGGGUCGCUAAGAAGUGAACUCCGGAGAGUGGCCGGAACGGCUACUGCUGGUUGAGCAUGGGGUUCGCUCUAGUUGCACACCCUCGUUGUUGCCUUUAGCCGUUGGUCCGUUAAGUAGAUUCUUGCGGACGGAAACCAUGGCAAUAUUGAAGCAUUGUAUCAAGGAAUAAACAAGACAAAUUCGACAAGAUUUCAAACAGAAAUGCCGGCCUUCAAAAUUCUCGUGCUGCCCGGUGACCACAUUGGGGCAGAGGUCGUUGGCGAGGCUGUCAAGGUCUUGCAAACGGCUGAGUCACAUCCCGGCGUUGCAAAACAAGGCAUCAAAUUCGAUCUCGACUUCGACUUGUUGGGCGGUCAGUCUAUUGAUGUUCAUGGCAUUCCGUUGACGCCCGAAGUCAUUGAAAAAGCAAAGAACUCCACUGCAGUGCUCUUCGGAGCCGUUGGUGGCCCUAAAUGGGGCAUGACCGGAGCCUUACGGCCAGAAACUUCUGUGCUGGACCUAAGGAAGGCUUUGAAUUGCUGGGCCAACAUUCGACCCUGUAAGGUUCCUUCCAAAGGCGUCGCCAAAUGCUCGCCCCUCAAGGAAUCUCUUGUCCAGGGCACCGAUUUUAUUGUCCUUCGAGAGAACCUCGGCGGCGUUUACUUUGGUGCUAAGGAAGAAACAGAGGAUUAUGCUCAUGACGUCUGGGGCUAUCACCGAUGGGAAAUCGAGCGAAUCGCCAGAAUGGCCGCAUACCUCGCACGCAAACAAGGAGGUGCAAAGGGGCCUAGCAAAAUCACCUCUGUCGACAAGGCAAAUGUGUUGGCUGUGUGUCGACUGUGGCGCGAAGCCGUAACAACAAUCCACGACAGAGAGUUUUCGGACAUUCCUCUCCAGCACCAGCUGUCAGACUCACUUGCUCUGAUCAUGGUGAAGAACCCUCGAUCGCUAAACGGUGUUGUCUUAUGUGACAAUAUCUUUGGCGAUCUAUUUUCCGACGAAGCUGCUGCAGUAGUCGGAUCCCUUGGCUUCAGCCCAUCCGCUUGCUUGUCCGGUAUUCCGGGAGAGCCAUUGUCAACGGGAAUGUACGAGCCUAGCCACGGCUCUGCGCCAGACUUGGCUCCCAACAAAGCCAAUCCCAUUGCUACGAUUCAAAGCGCCGCUAUGAUGCUGAGAUAUAGCUGCGACUUGGAUUUCCUAGCUGACGCAAUCGACGAGGCUGUCAGUAUUGCGCUUGAUGACAAGGAGGCUGGUGGUCUGGAGGUGCGAACAGGUGACAUUGGUGGCAGUGCUUCUUGUACGGACAUGGGAAACGCCGUUGUUACUGCCCUCAAGCAGGUUCUGGACCGCUCAAAGGCAUCUUCAAUGCCUGAAACUAGCAGUAUGUUGUGAGAUUUUUGUUUCGCAAUUGAAAUUAUUGAAUCAUAGUAUAUAGAUUAACACUUAGAGUACAUCAU